CUACAUGAAAUAUAAUAUUGAAAUAUUGUAUAUUUGUUUUUUCGAUUGGCUGGCAGGGUCCCACUAUUAUGAAUUUGUUCUUAGUUCCUGUCAGCAUGUCGAGGAUUAUAUUUAUCACCGAUCUUUUGCUUUUGGUGCUUUCAACAUGUUCUAGUAGUGAUGUGUCUGAGUUUACCAACACAUCUGGUUAUUCGUUCACGCCACAGUAUCCUGAGAUAGAAGAAACAGGGCCAAGUGAUUAUUCUGAAGAAGCAUCUUAUCCAAUAGUGAAUGUAUCUCAAGAAGAUAUGGCGGAUAAUGGUACUACUUCAGCACAUUCACCUAGCACAACCGAUAAACCUAGCUCGGCAACACAUGAGCCAGCCACGACAGCAUAUUCCAACGUGACAGGUCAUCCAGAAGCUUCAACUAUGUCGACAACACCAACAACGACAACGACAGAAAGAGAGACAACAACUGGAAUGAUAACAACAGGAACGGUAACAACAGAAAUGACAACUUCAGAUGCGAUGACGACAAAAAUGACAACUUCAGAUGCGAUGACAACAAAAAUGACAACGACAGAUAUACCCGUUUCACACGUACAAAAGUUUUCGCUGAAAAGUGGAAGCUCUUAUUGUUUUCUGUUUCAAAGUAACAUAAUGUUCCGGAUUUCCUACCGCAGUCAGAAUAGAAUUGUAAAAUCUUACGAAUUUACAGUAUCUAAUGCUACUGUGAAUAACAAUGAAAGUGCAUGUACUGAAAAAUAUACGAAAUUAUCGCUCACGUUCACACCAAAUGAGCGAAAUGAAGAACAUGAAUGGAAAUUAGUUUUUCUACUUAAUCGUAUCGAAUCAAACAAAACUUCAAUUGGCGCGACUACCAUUCCAUCUUUUUAUUCUUUAAACAAUAUAUUGUUAACUUAUUAUUUGGAUAAGGAUUUAUUUCCGGAUUUAUUGACACCAGGUCAUUAUGUUAAUGUGUCUGGUAAUACUACGGUGUUUGAAAUACCUGUUGGAUCAUAUUAUUCAUGUACGACUGUACCGGAUAUUAGCCUGACUGGAAAUGAAGAAAUACCAAACAGUUUCAAAGUAUAUAUGAAAAAUUUGAAAGUAGAAGCAUUCAUGAACAAUUCUGUGGAGGCAUUUCUUGGUAACGAAACGUUGUGUGAUUCAGAUGUCAGUGUUAACAAUAUGGUACCUAUUGGCGUUGGCGUUGCCCUUAUUAUCUGUAUUGUGGUUGCAGUAACUGUAUUUAUUGUUUUCAACAGACGCAAUCGUCGUAGUUACGCUACACUUUAAAUGAGUUUAUUGAUUUUAUAUUAUUUAUUUCAUUCUUAUGUGUUUUUGUGUAUGUAUGUAUGUACGCAUGCAUGUAUGUUUAAGAACUGGUUAUCAUUUGACACAAUUAGGCAAUCCAGUUAACCCGUUUUAUUUGCAACCCGAUUUUUGUUAAAGUAUUUUAACGUUUCUAAUGUCUUCCAUGAUUAUCGUUAUUGUUAUUGGAUAAUUCAGUUCAUUUGUGAUUAAAUGGUGUGACAUUUAUUAUAUAUAUAUAUAUAUAUAUAUAUAUAUAUAUAUAUAUAUAUAUAAUUUAAUAGAAUUUUUCAUUCAAUAUAUCGAUCAUCACCACUUUUUUCUCUGAACGCUUAUCUGUUCACAUUUCGUUUUUACGCAGUGUUUUUCUGAAUGAUUUUGAAAAUAAAAUAUAAUAAAUAUUGUUGUUAGA